UCCACCACGACGAUAGCCCUAAGAAUCGCCCUUAUUACCGUUUCGUCAUCAAGCUUUCGACUCUUCCAUUCCGAAUCCUAAAAUUAUCGUAUCAUCACUGUUGUAAUGGGAAACAUGGCCGAACAACAAUCCCCUCCUCCUGCCGGCAACCGCGACAAGCUUGAAGCCCAGAUCAAGUCAGCGGACAUGACGGAAGACAUGCAGCAAGAGGCGAUUGAUGUUGCCCAGGAAGCUAUGGGUAAAUACACCAUCGAGAAGGACAUUGCGCAGCACAUCAAGCGUACGUUCGACGAGCGUAAGGGCCCAACCUGGCACUGCAUCGUGGGAAGGAAUUUCGGAAGCUUCGUUACUCACGAAACGAAGCACUUCAUCUAUUUCUACCUCGGACACUGUGCUAUUCUGCUAUUCAAGACACAGUAGAGUGAUGGUAGCUUAAUACCUUCAACGUUGAUGUAG